AUGGAAAAGCUCGAUUCGGAUGUUUUUUGUGACAAUGGUUAUGAUGCUGUUGUUGUUGGUUCGGGAUACGGAGGUUCGGUUGCAGCUUGUCGUCUGUCGAUGGCCGGGUUUAAGGUCUGUUUGGUAGAGAAAGGGCGCAGGUGGGAAGCUCAGGAUUUCCCAACGGAUUGUUUCAAGAUGAUGUCUGCAGUGAGGAUGGGAUUUAGGAAGUUGGGUUUCCACUUCGGCUCCAAAAAUGCUCUAUUUCAGCUGCAAAUACAAGAAGAUGCUCUGGUGGCCACUGCCUGCGGCCUCGGAGGAGGCUCACUGAUCAAUGCAGGAGUUAUGGUGCCUCCCACAUUUCGCGCGCGAAAGCACCCGAAAUGGCCAAAGGCAUGGGAAAAAGAUUGGGACUCGUGCCAAGCUUGCGCUUUGGAUAUGCUGAGGGCUGAGAGUGUUCCUAUGAAGUUCCAAAAUUCAGAGAUUGUUGAGGGAGUCUUAGGCGAAGAGUAUGAUAAGGAGAAUGAAAAUCAGAUCAAGCUGAGUGUGAACUUUGACGUCGAACAGCUUCCGGAUUCAAAAAGGUCUCCAAAAACCGGAAGCUGUCUAGCUUGCGGGAACUGUCUUUCUGGCUGUCCUUAUGGUGCGAAGGGUUCGACUGACAGGACUUAUUUGGCCUCUGCUGUCGAAGCUGGAUGCACUAUUAAAACAGAAAGCGAGGUUCAAUAUGUGGUGAGAAAUAAUAAAGAUGACAAUGGCGAAGAGGAAGGAAAAUUCAAAACGAGAAGCAAACGCCGGUGGCUUGUGUUCCUGAACGAGUUCGACUACAUAGAAGCUGAUAUUGUCAUACUCUCAGCUGGAGUAUUUGGCACAGCACGAAUACUUUUUCAAUCCCGAUUGAGGGGAUUGCAGGUCUCGCAGAAGCUAGGAUCAGGAUUGAGUUGUAACGGCAACUAUGUGGCCUAUCUCGCUGGAAGCCGGGCCCCUCUGAGUUCUACCGGAUUAAACAGAAUGCAAUUUCUUAAUAAAGCUUUUGGAGAAAGGCCAGGGCCAUCAAUUUCUUCAUCAUAUACUUCUUCACUGGGGUUCACCAUUCAGAGUGCAGUAACUCCAGCAGCCUACCCAAGCUUCCUAUUCAAAGGAAUCGCGACCUACGCGCUGCGAACCGGCGGAGGGGCCCCACACACCGCCACACACUUGCUAAAGCACGCACUCCGUCUCAACUGUGGCCGCGAAAUGGUCCUCAAUGUAAUGGGACACGACAACAGCGACGGCCGGCUCACGUUCGACAAGGACAAAAAUGUAAUUUCGUUCCAGCCGCCGCACGACCGUCUCCUGCCUCGAAAAGUCAAAGCCCUCGAGAAGAUCGCCGGAAAAUUGGGAGGCAUUCUCUUCCUGUCUCGGUUCGCGAGCACCGCCGUCCAUCUCCUCGGUGGCUGCAUUGCCUCAUCCGACUCCUCGUUGGGAGUUUGUGAUCCGGAGGGCCGAGUUUUCGACACGUCAGCAGGUGGGGCCCACAUGGGUCUUUAUGUCUGCGAUGCCUCGCUGAUCCCGUGUUCGGUCGGGAUAAAUCCGUGCCUCACGAUCGCGACGCUUGCGGAACACGUCAGCAGAGGUGUGGUUAGGGACAAUAUUGGAAAUAUAGGAAAUUUUGUGGGUAAGAAUUUUGACGAGAGAAGAAGAAAAACGGUUGGCUCGGCGGUAGUGACGACUCGAGAGGUGAUGAGAGGGAAAGUUGGUGGAAUGCCGUGCACCGCUCAUCUGAAGUUGAGAUUUGGCGGUGAUGAUUAUGACUCGGAGAAUGCUGCUACUGUGUUGAGAGGCAGAGUGGGUGGAUAUGUAGAAUGCAGAGGAGUUGAGAUCGAGAAGAUGUACGUCAUUCAUGGUGAGGUUGAUCUAUGCAAAACCGAUGGAAAAACUCCUUACACGCAGUACAUGCACUAUCGUCUACUCCUUGCAGCUUCAUCCGGUUCGAGGUAUAUUCUUGAAGGGAGAAAGAUAAUGAACCCGUAUCUGCUUGCACUGUAUGCAUGGAGAGAAUCCACGACUUUGAACGUGACAUUGAGAAAAAUCACCGAUAACACGUCGAGUGAAGGCAUGACGAGUCUAAAAGGGAAGCUUCAUGUUUCCUUAUUCGAGCUCUUGAAAAGCUUGUGUGCUCUUGAGGGUCGAAGCAAGAUCAAGUUCGUAUGCGUCUUUAUGCAAUCACUUUUCAGAACAUAUAUCCUACAAACACCUCGAGGAUGUCACACAAAUUUCACCCCUAUGAGUUUGGCUCGGGAAUCUUAUCCAAACAGUACGAUUCAUGAGAUUCAAACGGAAGAUAAUAUUACAAUUCGUUGCGAGCAUUGGCAAUGCAGCCAAGAGACCUGGCAGCAACUUAAGCAUGAGAAAAGAAAAUACCCUGCUUUGUUACUCAAUGGUUAUGCAACAGAAAGUUAUUACUUGCCUACUGAGCAAAAUGAUCUCAUUAGAACUUUACUAAGAGACGGGCAUGACGUGUGGCUGCUGCAUGCAAGAAUGCACUGGUCAAUUGCUUCAAAUCAAUUUUCAGUUGAAGAUAUCGGCAGAUUUGACAUCCCAGCUGCAAUUGAUAAGAUCACCGAUUUGUAUGGUGAAUCCGUAAAACUACACGUCGUUGCUCAUUGUCUUGGUGGUCUGGCCAUUCAUAUCUCGCUCAUGGGUGGCCAUGUUUCGGCUAAAUAUAUCGCCUCGUUGACUUGUACAAACUCUUCAAUGUUUUACAAACUCACCACUUCCUCACUAGUCAAAAUGUGGCUUCCCCUUGUGCCGAUGUCAAUGGCCGUGCUCGGAACAAACAAGAUACUCCCAAUGCUUCAAGAAUCUUCCGCAAGCUAUAGGCACCGCCUCCUAAAAUCAAUCGCGCGGCUAAUCCCACGUUGCCAAAGAUGCACUUGUGACGAAUGCGAAGUUAUCUCCGGCAUUUUUGGUAACGCGUAUUGGCACGAGAACAUAAGCCCGGCAAUGCAUUACUGGAUGAACAAAGAAAACCUGCCGAGGCUCCCGAUGGCCGCAUUUCCUCACCUAAGGAAAAUAUGCAGGGCCGGUUUUAUAGUGGACAGUGACGGUAAAAACUCUUAUCUAAUCUAUCCCGAGCGAAUGGCAAUGCCGACACUAUACAUAUCCGGAGGGCGGACCCUUCUUGUUACUCCGGAAACUUCUUUCCUCGCGAACAAGUAUAUGAAGAUGCAUCAGCCUGGUUACAGGCAUGAGAGGGUCGUAGUUGAUGGUUUCGGGCACUCGGAUCUUUUGAUCGGCGAGGAAUCGGGCGAGAUCGUUUUUCCACAUAUUACGAAGCAUAUGGAGUUGGCAGAGGAGGAGAUGAGUGGUGGUGGUGGUGGUGGUGGUUUGGGGACUCCAAGAGAAGCAAAGUAUGUGAAGGAGGCAUUGGCAUGGAGUGUUGAUCCAUAUGAGGAUGAAGGGAACUUUAGGAGUUGGGUUUUUGCUUUGAUCACUGUUUUGUUACUUGUGUUGCUUUUCAUUAUAGCAGGUUUUUUGUUUUGA